GUUGGCUGCAGACUGCAGUUGCCGAUUCUUACACAAUGAGCGGGGUCGCGUUCCGGGACUCGAGCAUCGUCGUUAUCGACACCUCCAGGACAUCCGUGCACGCGAUACUCGGCCUCGGUGAACUGCUUCCUACUCCUGCCGUCGAAAUCAAAGCACGCGUCGGGCUCCGGAGGUCGUUACAUGAUAGCAAUGGGCUCUCGAAUGGGCAUGCUCAGCCUGCGGCUUCUACGAGUCGCGCUGCGUCUGCCAUACCCAUGUCUUCCGUGAAAGUGAAUGAUUACCUUGUGGGCGCGCAACUGGACAGUGCUCUGGCUGCAGGGGAGGAUAUUGUCGUGUCAUGGCCGUUUGCUGAGGGCGAUAUCAGUGACUGGACUCAGGCUGAAGCUAUAUGGAAACACACCCUGUUCGGCCUCCUUCAUCUCCGUCGCACCCAAAAUGAAUCCCCCGUUCUCUUGACCGUCCCGCCCACCCUCUCGCGCUCGAGUCUCGCGAUGCUAUCCCAACUGUUCUUUGAACGAUUCAACGUCGCUGCGUUCACGCUUCUGUUUCGCCCAGUUGCCCAGAUUUAUGCGGGCAAUGCCCUCUCAGGCAUCGUGGUGGAUAUCGGGGAGGAGUAUACAGACGUGAAUGUUAUUUACGAUGGCUUCCCAGUCAGAGAAUGCACGGAGAGCGUGAAGUUAGGCCUACAAGACUGUAGAGAACACCUCGUGAACAUUCUCCGCACCAAUCAAAGCGUCAUGACCGCCAUUUCCUCACCCGACGCACCCCUCCCGGAAGAGGAUAUAAAACAGGCUCUGCUCUCCCUCGUAAACCACCUUCUAGCCUCAGGUCUCGUCAAACCACCGGCACCCGCAUCCUCCGUUACGGGCUUCUCCGCAUCCGCCAUGCCAAUCGUCGAAGAACCGGAGGACGGUGUCACAGACAUCGCCGCUAUCGUGCUGGCUGGGAAAGAAAAGGCCGUCAUCGAGAACAACAUGAAGAAGAGGGCCAGCGCAAAGGCGACCGCCGCGGAGCAAGCGAAGAUGCGCGAAAUUGAGGCGAUGGACCUCGUCGAGAUCAAGGAUUGGGAGUGGGGCCUCCGCGAGGUCGUCGUCGGCCGCGAGAGGCAUCGGUUGUGCGAGCCGCUGUUCGAUCCCAAGUUGUGUAAGAAAGAUCCCAAUGACGGUGUAUGGCCGAUACACGAGGUUAUUGGAGCGGUGGUGCAGAGGGCGGACGUUGAUCAGAGACAGUAUGUCUGGCAAGGGUUGUUCGUGACAGGCGAGCUGGCGAGGUAUAUCAAGGGCAUGGGUACCUCCCUCCAAUCUCGCUUGAUGUCAUACAUCCUAUCGCAGCCCGACCAGCACAACGACGUACAAGCGCGACAUAUCCGCGUACUCAAGAUACCGGAGUACUUUGCAGAGUACAGAGAGAAAGGCGACGGCCUAGCGUCGUUUCUUGGGGCAGGUAUUGUCGCGAAGAUUGCAUUCCAUGACCCGAAUGGCAAGAACUUUGUGUCGAAGGGUGAAUAUGCAGCUAAGGGACCCCCGGCGAUCAUCGAAAUGUCGGCUUCAUUGCUGUAGGAUAUGCUCCACUGGUAGUUGUGCAAUAUAUGUGGUUAGGUGUAAUGUUUUCUUGGCUAUGACAAUCAAGAGCUACUGUGCAUGGUGGACUCUACA